AUGGCAGAUACUUCAUGCUUGCCGGCUCAGACAGCUCAAAAGCGACCGAGAAGUCGGCAGAGCACCAUUGAACCCAUGCGGUCGAGGUCAAACACAGCGUCGACCAAGAGUGCUCGUCUCUCGAGGUCUCGGGGGUCGACCGCCAGCAUUCACUCAGUCAUCACACAGUACCAUCCAGAUGUCCAGCAACAGCAACAACCAGCGCCCCAGGAUAUCUAUGCUACAUACAUGCGCUCUCAGUACCCUCCUUCACAAGUAACUUAUCAUCAUCCAAACCCAGAAGAGAUGAUCCUGCGGUACGGUGAGCAGUUCGGGCAUGCUACUGCUCCUCCUCCUGCGCCCAGGCUGGACGAGCAUACCUUGCAGCAACAGCAAGAGAGUCAUAACGUUUCAGCAGUCCGGCAGCAGCGUCCAGACCUGCAGCUUCAGGAGCAUCUUCUUCGCAACAGGAAUAUUAGUGUACAGCCGUCACAGCCGUCUCCGCCACCAGGCAUCAUCCCGGCCGAGUUUGCAUCCGCUCAUUUCCCCCAGAUGUUUGAUACCACAGAAAACCACCAUCAUCCCACACCAGACCGCAUGCUUGAAGAUAAUGACGGGUCGGAAGUCGGUCCUCGAAAGAGACGAGGCACCUCAUCUUCCAUAGCCAAUGAUAACGAACUACGACGGCUUCUUCGUCAAUAUGAUGGAUACUCUCUACAGGAUAUGGCUUCCGAGGUUAGGAAGAACGAGGGAGCCGGUGGUAAAUCAGAAAAAGUCAAACAAGUGUUUGCUAUGAUAUGGCUUCGUGAGAACUGCCAGAGAGGAGAUGGUUCGGUCCGUCGAGACCGUGUUUACUGUUGUUAUGCCGAAAAGUGUGGAAAUGACCGUGUGUCGGUGCUUAAUCCCGCCUCUUUUGGCAAGCUCGUCAGGAUCAUAUUCCCAAACGUGCAGACUCGUCGCCUCGGAGUCCGCGGAGAGUCAAAAUAUCAUUACGUUGAUUUGUCCCUUAUUGGUCAAGACACCAAGGCUGAGUGCGACGAUAAGAUGGACAAAGUGCAAGACCACGGUUUGAACCUUGAUGGUGCUGCUUCCCAGCUCGAGUCCAGCUUUCUCCCUGAUUCUCAGCAAACACAAAAAUCAAUUGUUGAUGCGGGAGACGCUACAUCUCCGGGCCUGAAUAUCCUGCAGCAAAGCCAGCCAUCCGCCCCUACACACCGCUGUGCCUGCGCAGACACCAACGUCUCCGAUAUCAACGUGGGAGUUGACCCUAUGGCUGUCAAAACCCAAUUGAAGAUCAAACAUCUGCUUCAAUUUGAGCCGACAGAUAAUACCCCAUCCACUGACAGCGAUACCCUCUCAUUGCCAAACAUACAUCAGUAUCUCCCCGACAACUCUGAUCCUUCAGCCGCCGACGCACUUGCCGCCUUGUAUCGCUCUCACUGCACAUCGGUUAUCGACAGCUUCAGGUUCUGUAAGGAAAAGAACCUCUUCCGUCACUUUACUGCCUUCCUGGGCACUCUCACCGUGCCGGUCCACAAACUCCUUAUUCAUCCGAACGUUGCACCAUGGGUGGAGGAAUGUGACUGGAUCAUGUACCAGAAGAUGCUUGCCUUUGUAUCUCCACUCACAACGCAGGUUGUUCCAGACCCUGUCCUCAAGGCCUUCCAAUCCAUUUCAUGCAAGCUUGUUACUCAUAUCGCCGAAACCCUCAAAUCGCAACCAGAGCAUGUGUCCACCGCGCGACUUGUUCCCUGCCGGCUGUUUUGUCAUUUACUGAAACGCAUGCUUGACGUUAACCAGUCUGCCAUUGCCGCUGCUGCAUGGCUCUGCCACCAACAAAAUCGAAAUAAGAUGUGGGAAGAGUUUAGUACCUUCGUUGAUCCGACUGAGACCGUCAUCAAGGCUAACAUACCUCCGUGCUCGCUGAAAACCGCAAUUACUAUAUUAAAGGAACAUAUGAAGUCUCUUUUAUACCCAUUGGAUAACUGCCCACCUCCUCAGACUGACUCUAUUGACCAGGAGUUAGCUGGGUUCCAAAAGUUCCCCCUUCAGCAAACUAACAAUGAAGAAUACACAAAUUUCCCAGACCGAUGGAUCACUUUCAUUUUACAACUGCCUGCCAUGUUCCCCAAUCACUCUGCAACUUGCAUAAUCGAAAAGGCGGAUGCACUAUGGACCACUGCCCUUCACCGUCUCACCCUUUCGAAUGCAGAGAGCUUCAGUGCCUGGUGGAUGACCAAGGUUUUCUUCCUGGAAAUGAUGCAUUGGCAAGCAGAAAGGGGAGGUUUUAUGGCUACUUCGCCAAGGUCGCUACGUGAACAUUCUGCAAACCUCUUGAACAAACCCACAGCAACAGUUGCAGCCCAGCUUGCAAGCUUCGCCUCUACCAACCAUCUCUCCAGUCAGCAAACAGAAACCGAGCAGUCAACUCAGGAGGCGGCCCCAAACGUGAAUCAGGCCACAUCGAAUACUGCAGCUAAGACCAUCAAGGCCGAUGUCCCAAACCGACCUGCUGUUGACACGAGUCUAGAGGGAAACCAGAUUAAUAAUGAUGAUAGCGCCAUCGCUCUGGAAGAGGAUUCUGUCCUUCUUGGAACCACUAAAUAUACAGACAUGACAUUGUCUGAUCCUGCAGAUGCAGAAGGGGAUGUUAUCGUCGUAUAA